AUGACUUACUACAGCCAGUGGUUUUGUAUGGCCGUCGCUGAAGACCGUACCUAUUAUGCUCGUGACGGUGGUGCCGCUUUCUAUCGUGCCAUCUACACCGGAGGCGAUGCUUACCUAGAUACCGAAGAACAGGCAAAUACAAACGCCUUUCACAUGAGUGUGUACAGGGCCAAGAUGCUGGAUAAAGCACUGAACAUACUCAAGAGUGGAAUGAGCAAGUUUGUUUCUGUCUUGUUGGUCAACGAAAGUCAUUAUGAUCCGGACCUUAUGGGAGAAUUACCUUAUCUGACGUGCUGCAAGGUUGAUGACGAGGAACUCCCCUGGGUCACUUGGCCCAAUGAUAGUGAUCAGGAUGAAGAUGCCGAGAUAGAUAUUACCGAGCCUGAAAGUACAACUGGGGAGGUUACUUCGGCUGAUACGAGUGCAACUUUUGCCACUGACACUUUGCCUGUCGAUACUGACAUUACCGACGUUGAGUCUAUCGAAACUGAAGAUGAAAACAAGAACGCCUCUGUUGUUGACGAAGCUGAAGAGAGGACAACAGCUGAAUAA